GAAGAAAAAAUGCAGUGUCCGAGGAUGCAGAAGUGAACUUCUGAAGACGUUCAACUUUCCCUCUGUGGACACGAAGAGGAUGGUGCAGUGGGUGGAAGCAUGUGACAACCCUAAUUUGUCAAUGCUUUCACCCGAACAGCUGAAAUCCCGGGUGAUCUGCAGCAGCCACUUCGAACAGAAGUAUAUAAUGAUGAAGAAGCUGACAACGUCAGCAGUUCCAACACUGAACUUACCAGGUAAUACUCUUACAUAAUUUCUGUUGCGUUUGCAGAUAAUUGUUAAUGAAAAUAUUUAUUACACAGUGUCAGAGGCUGCCUCUAUUAAAAUAGAGCAGCAAGACACCCGGAUGGAAGUACCAGAAGAAGAAGAAGAAUGUAAGUUUUCACUUAUACCUGUAUAAUGAAAAUACAUAAUAAUACUUCUAGCAUGAAAUGUAUCUAUAAUGUUAUUUAAUUUUGUUCUGACAUGCAAACCUGACUGCACCGGGGGAGUGGACGAUAAGAGUGGCAUCGUGGGACAUGUGGAAUACACAGCACUUCCUGGACCAUCCAGAGAAAUCCAAUGCAACGACUUAGACAGACUAAGUCUAAAAGAAGAGAAGCCAUUGCAUAAUGCAGAUUGUGCUGUCCCUGGAAGAGAGCAUCAGCGAUCACAAGCCCAGAAAGGCCAGAAAGGUAAUAUACUGAAGAUGCUCAGGGACAACAUCGUGGAGAAGCCCCUGCAGCAACGAGUCUACAGCGCCGUGGCAGCGGUACUGAAGAGGGCGCUGCAAUGCAAGCGGCGGCAGAUGGCAACGAAGGACCGCAUCAAGAAGAUAGAGCGUCUCGUGCAGGUAGGUGUAUGCCAAGUUUUGGAAAACUUGCCAACACCCCUGCACGCGAUGAUUUCCGCCCAGAUGCGCAACGAGGGAAGACCCAUCUACGGACGACGCUUCACGGAAGAGGAGAAGGUACUAGCACUAAGUAUUUAUAAGCAAAGUCCAAAAGCGUUUCGAUAUUUGUCAAAAUUAUUUCUUUUGCCAAGUAUCGAAACGCUUCGGAAAUUAUUGUCGCACAUUCCACUAAGAGCUGGAAUUUGCGACAACGUAUUCCAUGAACUCGAAGAGCGGUCCGAGUCCUUUCAAGACGAGAAAAGCAGGUACGCUAUUCUGCUUUUCGACGAAAUUAAAUUAUCGCCGUCACUGGUCUACAAUCCUUCAAUGGACAUAGUUGAAGGAUUUGUAGACUCCGGUUUUUCGCGUUCAGUAGAUAUCGCGGAUCAUGCCAUGGUGUGGAUGUUGAAAGGCAUACACGGAGUGCGACCUUGGAAGCAACCUGUGGCAUAUACUUUUUGUAGGGGUACAUCUUCCGCGGAGAGCAUCGUUAGGAUGUUUAAAGAAUUAGUUCGCCGUGCAUGUCAGGCCGGCAUUGUAGUUGUAGCCUCAGUUUGUGACCAAGGCAGCACGAAUUGUAAGGCAAUACAAUGCCUAAUAGAUUAUUCGAAAAGAAAUGCCUUUCAGCAGUCCAAUCCAUUGCGGCAUGAUAUAAUUGUUAUUGAUGAAAAUCAAAUCGUGCCGCUCUUCGAUCCUCCGCACCUAUUAAAGUGCAUGCGGAACAAUCUUUUGACUAAAGAUUUGCAAUUCCAUUUAGCGGAUAAUGUUCGACGUGUGGCUAAAUGGUCACACGUGGAAGAUUUAUAUUUUAUUGAUAGCAGUAAUGCUUCUUCUCAGGACCGAAUUCUGAAGAAGCUUACUGCAAAGCAUGUAGUAGUAGAUAAAAUUAGGAAAAUGAAGGUUAAGUAUUUCGCGCAGGUGUCAGACAAUCGGUUGGGUCCGUCAUGA